UCAUUUUUGUUUAUUGAGGAAAAAGGUUGGGAGAUGUACCUAACGAGGAGAAGAGUUGUUGUUGUGACAUCAAUAUAAUAACAACGCGCGUUUGUUGUUCCUUAAUCCUUUCUUAGUUGAUGAAUUAUUACUAGUAAUUCAUUAUUUGUUCCUUAAUCUAUGCUUCUAUUUCCUUCAUCAAAUUCAUCAUCCUCAAUUGCUAUCAUCAACUGUUCUUGUCUCACAGUCACACAUAACAAAACUCUCUCUCCUCAAACUUCAACAUCAACCGCAAGCGACUCUCAUACCAGAAAAAAGUAUAAUGAAGAGGUUACAUAUCAUCUAUAAUUUGCAAACGCAAUUCGUCGUGUUAAUUGCUAUUUGUCUCUUCGCCUAUUCGUCCAGCUCCAAGAUCGGAGAAACUUGCAGGUCGGAAAACAAAUGCGAGUUUGGUCUCACAUGUCAAACAUGUCCUGCGAAUGGGAAUACACGACCCAGAUGUAGCAGGAUACAAAUUUCAAACCCCAUUUCAAAAGUGAAAGGUUUACCAUUUAACCGGUAUUCAUGGUUAACGACGCAUAAUUCGUUUGCUUUGGCUGGGGCAAGAUCAACCACAGGGUCUAUUAUCAUUGCCCCUAUGAACCAGGAUGACACUAUUGUUGAUCAACUCAGAAACGGCGUGCGAGGAUUUAUGUUAGAUAUGUAUGAUUUUGAAAACGACAUUUGGUUGUGUCAUUCUACUCAAGGCAAAUGUUUCAACUUCACUUCAUUCCAACCUGCAAAAAACGUGCUUAGUGAAAUGCGUGCGUUUCUAGAUUCAAAUCCAACUGAAAUAAUCACCAUCUUCAUUGAGGAUUAUGUCACAUCUCCUCAAGGCCUAACUAAGGUCUUUCAAGCUUCAGGAAUUAACAAGUACAUGCUCCCUGUUUCUCGGAUGCCUAAGAAUGGCGAAGAUUGGCCUAUCGUUGAUGACAUGAUCCAAAAGAAUCAACGCUUUAUUGCUUUCACCUCCAAAUCAUCCAAGGAAGCAUCUGAAGGCAUUGCUUUCCAGUGGAAAUAUGUGGUAGAAAACCAAUAUGGAGAUGAAGGUAUGCAAGAGGGUUCGUGUCCGAAUCGAGCAGAAUCACCAUCAAUGAACACAAAAUCUAAGUCACUUGUUCUGGUUAACUAUUUUCAUUCUACACCUAAUCGUUCUCAGUCUUGUGCUGACAAUUCGGCUCCAUUACUUAGCAUGAUGAAGACUUGCCAUGAUGCAUCCGGCAACCGAUGGCCAAAUUUCAUCGCUGUUGAUUAUUAUCAGAGAAGUGAUGGUGGAGGAGUACCGGAAGCUGUUGAUGAAGCAAACGGUCAUCUCGCUUGUGGGUGUGACAACAUUGCUUAUUGCAAGGAAAAUGCUACAUUUGGCUCGUGUGAUGUCCCUCCCAUUUCUCCACCUCCACCUGCUUCAGAAUCUGCACCAAACGGAAACCAACCGCCCCCUACUAAUAAUCAGUCAAACAAUGCAUACAUUGGUAGAACAGCCAAGCUGAUGCAAUUGGUUGUGUUAAUUUUGGCUACCACAACUUUCUUGACAUUGUUAUAAAAUGCUACUAGUUUCGCAGUGUUUUUAAUCAUGUGAAAAUUUGCCAUGUAUGUAUAUGAUGUUGUACACAUACACAUUGAGUCAUUUGAUUCAGAGUAUUAUUGUUUGGAAUAUUAUCUGAGUCAUUUUUCAUCACUCGGCACUUUAUGGCUGUAUUUGACUUGGUUUGUUUAAUGAUUAACAUCUAUUGGUUGCAUAGCAUAUGCUAUUCAA